AUGCUGGAAGGUCAACUAAAUUCCUUAGCAACACAGAUAGUAUCCAGGACAAGAAUAAAAAAUGAUGAUAAGGAGCUAGCGGUGGUUGCCGGCAGUGGGAAAGUGGCAAUAGGAAAAAAUGUUGAAGUAGAAAAAGUCCAAGACUACUCUGAGAAUAAAGUUGGGGAAGAAGCAUCAAAGGAAGAAAAAUGUCAAAUUCGCCAAGACCUUAAUCAAGGAGGGACGGGACAACAUAAUGAAAAGGUAAGAGUGGCAAUGCCGAUGCCCAAAAUAUCCCCACUAUUUCCUGAACUACCAAAAAAAAGGAAUGAAGAGGAAAAGUUCAAAAAAAGUUUAUCAGUGUUUAAAAAUCUAUCUAUCAACCUCCCCUUGGUGGAUGCUUUGUUGGAAAUGCCUGUGUAUGCAAAAUUCAUGAAAGAUCUAGUCACAAAGAAGAGAUCUCUUGACUAUGAAAUAAUGGAGAUACGUCACAGUUGCAACGCAAUAAUGCCUAAGGAACUGACCAUAAAAAAAAAGAGAAGAUCUAUGGGAUUUUACCAUUCCUUGCACCAUUGGAAUGCUCCAAUUUGCAAAACUUUGUGUGACCGUAGAGCAAGUAUUAAGAUGACGCCUUACACAAUCUACGAGCAACUUGUAUUGGGGGAACCAAAAUCCACAAUAAUGAGACUCCUUGUGGCGGAUAUAUCCAUCAAACAUCCGGUUGGAAUCCUCUAUGACAUCUUGGUAAAAGUAUUUCGAUUCAUAAUUCCGAUGGCGGAUAUAUCCAUCAAACAUCCGGUUGGAAUCCUCUAUGACAUCUUGGUAAAAGUAGAUCGAUUCAUAAUUCCGACCGAUUUCGUAAUUUUUGAUUGCGACAUUGAUGCCAAAAAGCCCAUUACAUUGGGAAAACCAUUCUUAGCAAUCGAAAUAGCAUUGGUGGUUGUUGAAAGUGGCAAGUUAAAGUUUCGAGUGAAUGAUGAUGAGGUGACAUUUAACAUUUGUAGAUCCAUGAUGAAACCAAGUGACUCCAUGUGA